AUGCUUCGGAAGAGUGAGUGCAGGAAGGUGCGAUGGCGAUCCGCCUACAUACUGAGCUGCCGAUGGACAUUUGUGAACUUCACAAGAACAUCAACAUCAUUGACCAGACUGACCGAGGGGCAGGGCGUCCCCGAAGAGCCUCGCAUCGACAAGCCUGCCGACACGGCCAAGCUUGCCAGCAAUAUCAAGCCAACCGUCAACGAGAAGCCUGCCAGCACCAAACCAGCCAACGACCAUACCGAGGACACCUGCGCAGGGAUCUUUGGUUUGUGUUUCCUCGCUCUCCUCGCGGCCAUUAUCUACACGCUAUGCAUCAAUACCUGCGCCCUACAUGACUUCAGGGGUCAGAUACAUGCACAGACCAAGAUCAUUGUCAGAGAGGCCGGCACCGUCACUUCCUGGAUUGCUACUGCACCGACUCAAACCAAUAUCGUCACUCUGCACAAGACGACAGUCGUGUCUAUAACGGCGAUCACCCAAAACGUCCCCAGAAAUACCCAGACAUACACGAUCAGGUCGCCGGGUCUUUACAGGGUCGUCAAUGCAGAGGUUUACGCACUUUGA